GCGCUUCUGCCGGGCGCGGGCGGCUCCGGACCGCCAGGGGCCGCUGUGGCACAGCCGGGCAGGCCCGCGCCGUCCAGCCGCGUAUCUCUGGGCCCUCUUGGGCACGGCCUUGCCGGUUUGGCGGGGUGAAAGGUUGCGAAGAUGGCGACGGCCUUGAACGAGGAGGAGCUGGACAAUGAAGACUAUUACUCGUUGCUGAACGUGCGCAGGGAGGCCUCUUCUGAAGAGCUAAAAGCUGCCUACCGGAGGCUGUGUAUGCUUUACCAUCCAGACAAGCACAGAGACCCGGAGCUCAAAUCACAGGCGGAACGACUAUUUAACCUUGUUCACCAGGCUUAUGAAGUGCUUAGUGAUCCCCAAACCAGGGCCAUCUAUGAUAUAUAUGGGAAGAGAGGACUGGAAAUGGAAGGAUGGGAGGUUGUGGAAAGGAGGAGAACCCCAGCUGAAAUUCGAGAGGAGUUUGAGCGGCUGCAGAGAGAGAGGGAAGAGAGGAGGCUGCAGCAGCGUACGAAUCCCAAGGGGACGAUCAGCGUUGGAGUAGAUGCCACUGACCUUUUUGAUCGCUAUGAUGAGGAGUACGAAGAUGUGUCCGGAAGUGGCUUUCCACAGAUUGAGAUUAAUAAAAUGCACAUCUCCCAGUCCAUCGAGGCGCCCUUGACAGCUACGGACACAGCCAUCCUCUCUGGAAGCCUCUCAACCCAGAAUGGGAAUGGAGGGGGCUCCAUUAACUUUGCCCUCAGACGAGUCACUUCCGCAAAGGGAUGGGGAGAGUUGGAAUUUGGAGCAGGAGACCUACAGGGGCCUUUAUUUGGCCUCAAGCUGUUCCGCAAUCUCACACCAAGAUGCUUUGUGACGACAAACUGUGCUCUGCAGUUUUCAUCCCGUGGAAUCCGACCUGGCCUCACCACUGUCCUAGCUCGGAACCUGGACAAGAACACCGUGGGCUACCUGCAGUGGCGCUGGGGCAUCCAGUCAGCCAUGAACACCAGCAUCGUCCGGGACACUAAGACCAGCCACUUCACGGUGGCCCUGCAGCUGGGGAUCCCUCACUCCUUCGCACUGAUCAGCUAUCAGCACAAAUUCCAAGAUGACGAUCAGACUCGUGUAAAAGGAUCCUUGAAGGCAGGCUUCUUCGGGACAGUGGUUGAGUAUGGGGCCGAGAGGAAGAUCUCCAGGCACAGCGUCCUGGGUGCUGCUGUCAGUGUCGGGGUCCCUCAGGGCGUUUCUCUCAAAGUCAAGUUAAACAGGGCCAGCCAGACAUACUUCUUCCCCAUCCAUCUGACGGAUCAGCUUCUGCCCAGUGCCGUGUUCUAUGCCACCGUGGGGCCUCUCGUGGUCUACUUUGCUAUGCACCGUCUGAUCAUCAAACCUUACCUCAGGGCUCAAAAAGAGAAGGACCUGGAGAAGCAGAGGGAGAGUGCUGCCACCGACAUUCUGCAGAAGAAGCAGGAGGCAGAAGCUGCGGUUCGGUUGAUGCAGGAAUCUGUCCGAAGGAUAAUUGAGGCAGAAGAGUCCAGGAUGGGGCUCAUCAUCCUGAAUGCCUGGUAUGGGAAGUUUGUCAAUGACAAGAGCAAGAAGAGCGAGAAGGUGAAGGUGAUCGAUGUGACUGUACCCCUGCAGUGCCUGGUGAAGGACUCGAAGCUCAUCCUCACAGAGGCCUCCAAGGCUGGGCUGCCUGGGUUUUAUGACCCGUGCGUGGGUGAAGAGAAGAACCUGAAAGUGCUCUAUCAGUUCCGAGGCGUCCUGCACCAGGUGAUGGUGUUGGACAGCGAGGCCCUCCGGAUACCAAAGCAGUCCCACCGGAUUGAUACAGAUGGAUAAACUGCUUGAAAACAAGACUUUUAAAAGGCUGCAGAAAAUCUUGUCUACAAAUUUGGAAGCAGGGAAAAAACCCAGACAUCAGACAUUUUUAUUUUACAUUAUUUCCAUAGAAGGUGGUACUGUACCAAUUAUGUGAAGGGCACGCAGACACUUGAGCUUUUGUGGGUGCUGUAGGUAGGACCGAGGCAGCCCCACCCUGGACCAGACCGCAGCAUGGCCCCCAGCUGUCUUCCCAAGGAUCAUGUUCCUGGAAGGGCCCUGGUCUCCAGCCCUCCUGGGUCCCCCCAGGGUCCUCAGCAUGUGUGCUCCCUGCAGCCACUGGUAGUUCUGGUCUCUGUCUGGAGGUCUCUGUGGAACACCCUGCCCCACAGAGGACUGUGACCUACUCCUAAAGUCACACUGGACGUGGGGAGAAAGUGGAAAGGGAGAAAGGCGUCUUACAUGUCGAGGCCCCCAGAUCCGGGGAGCAUCUGUUGGGUCUACUUCCUACCUUCUGCUGCUGAAAUCAUACCAAGUGAAUCUGGAGAGGAUUGUGGGUUUAUAAAACUGCUUUUUAUCUGAGAAAAAA